GCCAAUCGUUCAGUAUAUGAUGUCUUUCAGCUCAUGUUUGAGAAUGGAGCUUAUCAUAUUAAAGGCUCUGAUGGUAAGUUCUGGUACAUAUCCAGUACUGGGACAAUCUGCACCGACAGUGUCAUUCCUGAAGACUUUUACUUAGAGUUCCGAGAUCAAGGUCGACUGGCUAUCAAAGGAAAGAACAAGAAGUAUCUGCGAGGAAAUCAAGCCGGCACACUUAGGGCGGAUGCCGAUGAAGUGGACAGUUCGACACUAUGGGAAUAUUAAAGGAUGGAAGGAGUCUCAGUAGAACAUAUGAACUCCAGCUGUAUUUCUUGUCAUCGACCCAAAAGACACAUAGAGCAAAAUUGGAGGACUGUCUGCAGAGACUAAUAUUCAAAUGUUGAUUCAUUUCCUUUGAUAAAAGAAAGCAUUUCAAUUUGUAAUCUGUAAU